UGGCAGCCGUGCCCAGUAUUGCAGGAGGAGGCCGGAAGCACGUGUGGUGGUCGGUAUGAUCCCUACGGGCAUCAGCCUCCGAUCCCGGGCACAUCGGUGCCUUCACCCCGCUUGAAAGCUAGUGCUUCCCUGUGAUAAUAUGUCUCAGGACUCUGAUCACCCACCGGCCAAGAAAUUCAAGCCGGGCUCCCCCAUCUUUUAUCACAGGCCGAAAGGGGAGAUGCAUUCCGGGCCCAGAAAACAGCCGCCAGUGCCCGUAGAACUUCAGCGCCGGAAUCUUCCUAUAUACCAGGCCCGAGCCCAGCUCAUAGGUCAACUCCGGCAGCUAGAUUCUGCGGUGAUCAUCGGGGAAACUGGAUCUGGAAAGACAACUCAGAUCCCACAAUAUCUCUAUGAAUCCAGCAUUGGGCGCCAAGGUAUCAUUGCAAUAACACAGCCCAGGCGAGUGGCUGCUUUCUCACUUGCAAACAGAGUCUCAGAAGAAAAGAAAACUGAAUUGGGCAAACUGGUGGGUUAUACAGUGCGGUUUGAAGAUGUCACAUCAGAAGAGACCAAGAUUAAGUUUCUUACUGACGGAAUGCUACUUCGUGAGGCUAUUGGAGAUCCACUUCUACGUAAAUACAGUGUAGUUGUUCUUGAUGAAGCUCAUGAAAGGACCAUUCAUACUGAUGUACUCUUUGGAGUUGUAAAAUCUGCACAAAAGAAACGUAGAGAGCUCGGAAAGUUGCCACUCAAAGUGAUUAUUAUGUCGGCCACAAUGGAUGUAGACCUGUUUUCACAAUAUUUCAGCAAUGCGCCAGUUCUCUAUCUUGAAGGAAGACAACAUCCUAUCCAGGUUUUCUAUACCAAACAGCCUCAAAGUGAUUACCUCCAAGCUGCCCUGGUUACAGUCUUCCAGAUCCACCAGGAAGCUCCAUCCACCCAUGACAUCUUAGUGUUUCUGACUGGUCAAGAAGAGAUAGAAGCAAUGACCAAAACAUGCAGAGAUAUAGCCAAACAUCUCCCAGAUGGCUGCCCACAGAUGACGGUGAUGCCUCUGUAUGCGUCUCUCCCACACUCUCAGCAGCUCAGAGUGUUUCAGAGCGCAGCUAAGGAUCAUCGUAAGGUUAUUCUGUCAACGAACAUCGCAGAAACCUCCAUCACUAUUUCAGGGAUCAAGUAUGUGGUAGAUACUGGUAUGGUAAAAGCAAAGAAAUACAACCCAGAUAAUGGUCUUGAAGUAUUAGCUGUUCAAAGGGUAUCAAAGGCCCAGGCCUGGCAACGCACAGGGAGAGCAGGACGGGAAGACAGUGGGACAUGUUAUCGACUGUAUACUGAAGAUGAGUUUGAGAAGCUUGAGAAAAUGACUGUACCAGAAAUACAAAGGUGUAAUCUCGCCAGCGUUGUUCUUCAGCUUCUUGUUCUUCGAGUUCCAGACAUUCUUACAUUUGACUUUAUGUCCAAACCUUCUCCGGAGUCAAUGAGGGCGGCUAUAGACCAGCUGGACCUAUUGGGUGCUGUGGAGAAAAAAGAGGAUGAGAUUAUUCUAACAUCACUGGGGCGAAAAAUGGCUGCCUUUCCUUUGGAGCCCAAAUUCUCCAAGACCAUUCUUCUUUCACCAAAAUUUCACUGUACAGAGGAGAUCCUGACCAUAGUGUCUCUACUGUCUGUGGACAGUGUAAUACACAGUCCACCUGCCAAAAGGGACGAAGUGCAAGCAGUCAGGAAGAAGUUUAUCUCCAGUGAAGGCGACCAUCUUACCUUGCUCAAUAUCUAUCGGGCAUUCAGAAACUUGGGGAAGAACAAGGAAUGGUGCAGAGAAAAUUUCAUUAACGGCAGAAAUAUGAUGAUGGUCUCAGAUGUUCGAUCACAGCUCAGGGACAUUUGUAUAAAAUUAUCAAUGCCGAUCGAGUCCUCAAGAACAGACACCAGAAACAUCCGACAAUGCUUGGCCCAUGGCCUCUUCAUGAAUGCUGCAGAGCUUCAGCCAGAUGGAACUUACACCACCCUGGAUUCUCCCCAACCUGUAGCAAUCCACCCUUCUUCUGUCCUCUUUCACUGCAAGCCAGCAUGUGUCAUUUACAAUGAGCUUCUUCACACCUCAAAGUGUUACAUGAGAGAUCUGUGUGUGGUGGAUGCUGACUGGUUAUAUGAAACAGCCCCAGAGUACUUCAGAAGGAAAUUAAAGAAUGCCAAAAACUGAUGUCACUUUAUACAUGGCAUUUCCAUUAAACCAUUUAUUUCCAUCAUCACUAAA